GUGCCCCCUAGCGAUGUACAUUGACGAGCAGCACCGGCCCAACCACUAUCUGAUGGACCGCUUGGGGACUAGCGGACCUCCUUUUUCCCCAGGACGGACUCCUCUUCAAGCAGAUUUCCAGCCACCCUACUUUCCACCACCAUUCCCUGCAAACUCAUCACCACCAGUCGAUUACAUGUCUCCUGAUCCAUAUUCCCUCAAUGUCCACCACCAACACUACCAGCUUCAGAGAAGGGAAUCCGAGAUACAUAGUAACAUGCACACUGGCUUCCCUUACGAUGGCCAACCCCGGCGCUCAGAUUACGGAAUCAGGAGGAGUGAACUCCUGCAACAUUCCGGCCUCGACGAAUCCCAGCUGGUCCUCCACAAUGCCCUAUCAAGUGCUGUCGACGAUGGUCAGAAUACUGUUGACGACAGCAGCAGCUUCAUUGCGGACCUACCUCUUUUAAAAAGUCUCAAGCCGCGUUGCGACAAAGGGAUGAACGCGUCCCCUUCAGACAUCUUCUGCUCUGUGCCUGGAAGGCUGAGUCUUCUCAGCUCUACAUCCAAGUAUAAGGUAACUGUUGCAGAAGUGCAGAGACGCCUGGCACCUCCGGAAUGCCUCAACGCAUCACUCCUAGGCGGUGUACUCAGAAGGGCCAAAUCUAAGAACGGAGGUAGGCUACUCAGGGAAAAACUGGAAAACAUCGGUCUCAACCUCCCCGCCGGCAGGAGGAAAGCUGCUAACGUUACACUCUUGACAUCUUUAGUAGAAGGGACAGUAGAUAAUAUAAAGGUAUCAUUUGAUGAUGAAAAGGAAGACUUUUGUGAACAGUUGGACAGAAAUCUCGACGGUUCCACCAAGAGCUAUAUAAAGGUGGUCAUGUGGGAUUUGUCCUGUUGGACAGGAGAAGCUAUACACCUGGCCAGAGAUUUCGGCUACGUCUGUGAAACGGAAUUCCCGGCCAGGCAGGUCGCUGAGUAUUUGACCAGGCAACAUGUUUCUGAUCCCAGCGAUUCAUACAGGCGAAAGGAGCUUGUACAUUCUGCCAAGCAGAUGAUGAAGGAGCUGAUAGAGCUACUCAACCAGGACAGGUCCCCGCUGUGCAACACGAGGCCGCAGCAGAUCCUCGAGCCGGCCAUACAGCGCAGCCUCACUCAUUUCUCCCUCAUCAGCCAUGGCUUUGGAACCCCGGCUAUAGUCGCCGUUCUCACUGCGGUGCAGAAUUAUUUGUCUGAAUCAUUGAAGCAGCUGGACAAAGCUUACCCAAGUGGCAGUAGUAUGGAUCCGAAAAAAGAUGACGGAACUUGGGAUCUCAAUGAUCCAAUACUGUGCAGGAGUUGCUACUGGUAUGAAGAAAUGAUACAACGUCCAACCCCACCUCAACAUUCGACACAGUUGGCCAUUUGAGGAUGAUGCUUAGCAUAAAAAUGUAUUGGUCAGUUUAGUUGCCAUCGUUAUGGUGCUUUAUAGGAGAGGGGGGUUGGGAAAUAUGUAAAUCUACAAUUUAUCUUAUGUCUAUAAUUGUAUAUAAAGCAAUUCAUGCGAACAUGUCUACCAAUGUCAUUUUUACAGAAUGAUAUAUUUAAUAAUAUCCAGUAUUGAAGUUUAGUGGACUAUCUCCACAAACAGCCAAUUCUUUUGUGCCAUUUUAUGUUCAAUGUACUUAAUCAUGUGCCAAUGAAUUGAAUAUAUGUGUGAGUAUGUGUGUGUGUAUGUAUGUGUGUGUGUGUGUGUGUGUGU